UUUUAUAACUACCGUCUAUACAAUAUAAUAUCAUAUAUAUAUAUAUAUAUAUAUAGGCUUAGAAAGCCAAAUGACAAACAAUAUCAAGUGCUAGAAAAAUGGCAAAGCUUAAUGGUGAUAUGGAGCUUUCUAAUAAUGGAGAACUACUUGAGGCUCAAGCUCAAGUGUGGAACCACACAUUCUCCUUCAUACACUCCAUGUCUAUAAGUUGCGCGAUCGAUUUGGGCAUCCCAGACAUCAUCCAUCGCCACGGAACUCCAAUGUCGCUAUCCCAAUUAGUCGACACGCUUCCUAUCAACAAAGCAAAGUCGCAUUGCAUCCAUCGCUUGAUGCGCUUGCUCGUCCACUCUAAAUUCUUUGUCAAGCACGACACCUCCGACAAGCCGGAUGAUGAAGAGGCGCGCUAUUGGCUCACCCCGGCCGGGCAUCUCCUUCUAAGGAAUAAUCCCAUGGCUGUUGCACCACUUGUACAAUUUAUUACGGACCCGGUCAAUGCGAAGGCCGGGCAUUACAUGAGGGAAUGGCUUGUUGGCGAGCACCAUGAGUCGGCCUUUGAGGUCGCGCAUGGAAAGACCUUUUGGGAACACUUUGGGAAUUGCGACUCGAGAUUGGGUAACUUGUUUAAUGAAAGUAUGUCGCGUGACACGAGGCUUGUGAUGUAUGUAUUGCUUAAAGAUUACAAGCAAGUGUUCGAGGGGGUCGGGUUGCUUGUGGAUGUGGGAGGGGGUGUCGGGACUACAACAAAGGCGAUCCUAGAUGUAUUCCCGGCGAUGAAAUGCAUUGUUCUUGAUCUCCCACAAGUCGUAGCGGGCUUGGAAGGGACACAUAACUUGACAUUUGUCGGAGGAGACAUGUUCGACAAUAUUCCUCGCAGUGAUGCCAUCCUCCUCAAGUGGAUAUUGCACGACUGGGACGAUGAAAGUUGUGUGAGAAUAUUGAAGAAAUGCAAAGAAGCAAUCUCAGAAAGGGGAAAAGUGAUAAUAAUCGAUGCAGUUCUUGGCCAUAAGGGCAAAGGAGACAACAACAAAAUCAUCCAAGAAGCUCAACUCUUGUUCGAUAUGGUGAUGAUGACUUAUUUAACUGGAAAAGAAAGAAGUGAGAGGGAAUGGGCAAAGCUUUUCACAGAUGCUGGCUUCACUAAGUAUAAGAUUAGUCCUGUGUUAGGGGCCAGAUCUGUAAUUGAGGUUUAUCCAUGAAAGUAAUUUGGAUUGGAUACGUGGUUUGGUUGUCGGACCUAGCAUAAUUUGCAGGAUAAUAGAUUCGGUCGGGAAUUUACCUAGUACGCACUUUCAAAUAGCGACUGCGAAUUCUCGCGUUAUAAAAAAAAAGAAUAUAUAUAUAUUACAAUUUGUUGUUCCGUAAAAGAUAUCUCGUGAUCGAUAUUCAUGUUCUCUGCUUCUGU